UACCGAGAUCCCAGUUGCAGAAUCCCUUUCUCCUCACUAUACAACAGAGAGAGCCCUUCCAGAUUUUUUUUUUUUUGCACGAGAGCUCCUCUUUCUGCCGCGAUUCUUCAAAAUCAACAGAGCAGACAAAUUCCUUUAGCAAAACUUCGCAGAUUCGAAGAAACGGUAUAGCUGCGGCGGCGGCGGCGGGUGAACCCCGGCGCUUCUUCGAGCGAAGGUUUAAUGGCGAAGCUGAGGCACUCGCGAUUGCAUUCGAAGAAAUGGUCGACGAUCAAGCUGGUUUUCUCCAUGCUCUUUAUGCUCUCGUUCGUUCUCCUGAUUCUCCUAGGCUUGGGAAUCUUCUCGCUCCCUGUGAGCACCGACGAUUCGACUCCUAAGGAUCUGCCUGCUACCUACCGCCGCAUGGCCGCCGAACGAGAUGGCGACGGGCUAGGUAAGCGAGGCGAGCAGUGGACUGAGAUCGUUUCUUGGGAGCCUAGAGCCUUCGUGUAUCACAAUUUCUUGUUCUUCUAUGCUGUUCAGUCGCAUUGCCAGGUUCUAUGUUCAUUACUUCCAGUAAUAGUGAUUUUUAAUACUGGAUUCCAACUUCGACAGUCCAAAGAAGAAUGCGAGUACCUAAUCUCUCUAGCUAAGCCUCACAUGACAAAAUCAACCGUGGUGGACAGCAAAACAGGGAAGAGUAAAGAUAGCAGGGUUCGCACAAGCUCAGGGAUGUUUCUCAGCAGAGGACAGGAUAAAAUCAUUAGGACUAUAGAGAAGAGGAUCUCAGAGUUCACUUUCAUUCCUGUAGAAAAUGGUGAAGGCCUCCAAAUCCUCCACUACGAGAUCGGUCAGAAGUAUGAGCCUCACUUCGAUUAUUUCCUUGAUGAGUUCAACACCAAGAAUGGAGGCCAGCGGACUGCUACUCUGCUAAUGUAUCUGUCAGACGUCGAAGAAGGAGGCGAGACUAUCUUUCCGAGCGCCAAGGCGAAUUCCAGUUCGGUGCCAUGGUGGGAUGAAUUGUCUGAAUGUGGUAAAAAGGGUCUUUCCCUGAAACCGAAGAGGGGGAAUGCCUUGUUCUUUUGGAGUACAAGGCCCGAUGCCUCAUUAGAUCCUUCCAGUUUACAUGGUAUUGGUAGUUGCCCAGUGAUUAUAGGGAACAAAUGGUCAGCUACAAAAUGGAUGCACCUCGGAGAAUACAAAGCCAGAUAAAAGGUAACUGCUUUUUUCUUAGUGGAACGUUUCUCUCUAGUUUGAAGCAAGCUCAAAGUUCACUUGCCGCUCUUAGAAAAUUGGGAAUUCCAUCAUUUUGAGUUCUCACUUUUGAAACAAAUAGUGGAAUCUGUUGAUUUCCUUCGCUCUUGAAUUUGAAACACAAUUUCAUCUUUCUUUUGUUGGUAGAAAAUUUCAUCUUUCAAUUCAUUCAUCCAAACCACGCCUUAAAUUCUAGCAGCCGAUUUGUCUAGAGAGUAAUGUCAUUAGCUAUUACCCGUGAAGAAUACUCCAAAUCUCUUUAACAACACAUUUCCUGGAUAUUAAUACCGAAACGAGCGGAUUUCUGAGCUUCUAAUUACAUUUGCAAGACUUCAUUUUCAUCACGCUAUUAAUUUUUUUU